AUGGGAAACUCAAUUUCAAGUGCUUAUCAGACUAUCCCCCUAGAGACGCCUCUCCCCAACAUCUUAACAGUCGAUGCCACUAAGAUCUUCCACGGCACCUCUUACGAUAUCCGAGCGCCAGGGCUGUUUCGUAUCAUCAGUGCUGAUCAGUUGUUUGGUGUUUUCAGCAGUUUAAAGUUCUGUGAUGGUCUAAACGAAGUACCAUUUAUGAUCGUGGGGUUUGAGCGAGAAUAUUAUCGCUUUGUGAUAGGAUUAGCAGCUUCUCCACGCGAGGGGCUUAGAAGUAGAGUUGAAUAUGCCAUUAUGGACAAUUCAAAUGGCCCCGUUGUGUGGUUCGAGCUAGAUAUUGGCCAUGGUACUUCCCGUCAUAAAGAGUACUUUGAAUGGAGAAAUGUCGGUCGAAGAACUUGGAAUCUAGUGAAGUCUAUUAGAUACUCAAACACUCCAUGCGAAGUGGUGGCAGUAUGGGCUUCGGGAUUAAAGUAUCUGUGGGGUCAGUUUGAGUUCCGGGGAAGUGGAGCAUCAGAGCAAUUGGGAGAAACUUUCAAGUUGAUGGCUUUGGCUACAGCUUUUGCAAUUGAGUAUGAUGCGUUCCAAACAUUGUCUCCAGAAUUUCUCAAGAUCAGAAGAAGAAGAAGGUAUACUAGUGGAGACGGAGGAGGAGGAAGUGGUGGUGGAGGAGACGGUGGAGGCGGAGAUGGCGGAGGAGAUGGAGGCGGUGGCUGA